AAUAUUCAGGGACUUGGACUCAGGAUGAAUACCAAAACUUGUUUGAUUUGGUAAAUUUGGACUUGCGUGUGAAAGCACACCAAAAGAUUGCUACUACUCAUCGCCAGCUAAGAGAUAACAUUUCCUGGGAGGCCAUCAGUGAAAAAUUAACCACCCGUAACAACAAGGACUGCUGCUUGAAGUGGUACCAGCAAUUAGCAUCGCCACUGGUUAAAGAAGGAAUCUGGGCAGAUAUUGAUGAUUAUCUGUUGAUGGAAGCGCUUCAAAAGGGUGACGCUGUUUGUUUUGAAGACGUUGACUGGGAGAGACUUCUUGAUCACAGAUCUGGGGAGCUUUGCCGUCAACGGUGGAACCAGAUGGUCCGCAUGAUCGGCAGCCAUAGAGAGAAGCCUUUCAUUGAGCAUGUGGAAGUGCUUGCCAGGCGUUACUGCCCAGAAAUGCUUGAUUACAGGAAACCUGAAGCGUCCGACUUAUCGCCAGACGAACUUGCUGGAGAAUCUGACUCGUAACGAAUAGCAUAGCCCUCUUACAUCUCACCUGCCAGCGUCUGUUUGUGCCCUGUAAAUUUGUUUGCCUUUUGUUAUGUAUAGCAUCUAUGGAAAUAUUAGCAGUAUAUGGUUCAAGCUUCAGCGCAGACUGCAACGAUGUCGCAUUUUGACCAGAACUAUAUUGUUGAGAGCAUGACUGGCGUUACCUGCUCUUGUAUCUGAUUAAGUGUUGUUGCU